AUGGCGCAGCCGUCUCGCUUGUGCUCGCUUGGAGAUGACCUGCUCCUGAACAUCCUUCAAGGCGUGCCGCUGAGUGACAGGCUGCGCUCGGUGGCGCUCACCAGCAGGCACCUGCGUGCCCUCACCACCAACCCAGCCCUGCUGGAGGUGGUAGCGGUUGAGUACAGCCCGGCACGCGCACCGGCGCUGCUGCGCUGGCUGGCGCUGCACGCACGCCACGUGCAGCACCUGAAGAUCACUUCCCGGAAGCAGGCAGGUCUUGCGGCUCUGCCGCAGCAGGGAGGGCCGCAGCAAGUGGCGCUGGCGGCCAGCUGCCUGACAGCCGCCUGCGCUGCGGCGCCGCUCGCCGUGUUGGAGCUCGACUGGUCAGCGCCCCCCAUGCACACCGUCGCAUGGCUGCCCUUUGCUGGUGCCACGCUGACACGUCUGGAUCUGGACGCUCGCGCAGCAGAGCUGCACAUUGACACGUGCCUGGGUGGCAUGGAGAUGCUGAGAUCUGCUGCUUUCAAGGGCGCCAGAGUCACGAUGGCGCGGGGUGCCAAGCUGCCCGCGGCGCUGACCAUGCUCCGGUUUGUCAACAUGCAAGGCAUUCCCCGCGCCGCCGCCGCUCCUCACGACAGUCUGCCGGAUCUGCCAGAACAGGUAGCCACCCUGAGCCAGCUGGCGGAUCUGCGCAUAACGUGCUUGGCAGUGCUGUGGGCGCGCUGCGGCAGCUGA